AUGCUCGGCGAAUGUAGCAAAGAAACGGCCUUUGAGAUGCUGGACUUCUUCGUGGACAACGGCGGCAACUUCAUCGACACUGCCAACAGCUACCAAGAGGAGGAAAGCGAGAAGUGGCUGGGCGAGUGGAUGGCGCUGCGGAAAAACAGAGACGACCUAGUUCUCGCGACCAAAUACACGCAGUUCUACAAGCCCGACGCUAAGAUCCGGUACAACUACCAGGGCAACCACAGGAAGAGCAUGUACCACUCGCUGGAGAACAGCCUCAAAAACCUCCAGACGAGCUACAUCGACAUUUUCUACGUCCACUGGUGGGAUUUCUCGACCAGUAUCGAAGAGGUCAUGCAGUCUCUCCACCACUUGGUCCAAGCCGGCAAGAUCUUUUACCUCGGCGCCAAUGCCCGCGACCAUGGACUCACUCCCUUUUGCGUCUACCAGGGCAAGUGGAGCGCCGCAGACCGCGAUUUUGAGCGUGAGAUACUCCCCAUGGCUCGGCAUGAGGGCAUGGCGCUCGCACCGUUCGGUGCUCUCGGCCAGGGCAAGUUCAAGAAGGAGGCGGGAGGAGGCCAGGCCCCGGCCGCGGCUGAAGGUGACGCGCGCAAGCUGUUCGUUGAGGUGGACAAAUACAAGCAAGUCUUCAAGGUGCUCGAUAAGCUUGCAGCCGGGAAAGGCACCCUGCCAACGAGCGUUGCGCUGGCGUACGUAAUGAGCAAAGCCCCAUAUGUCUUCCCCAUUGUCGGCGGCCGCAAAAUCGAGCACCUCAAGGCCAAUAUCGAUGCGCUGGACAUUGUUCUCUCCGACGCUGAACUCGAUGAGAUUGACGCUGCAACACCUUUUGAGCACGGUUUCCCCAUGGAGCUUAUGUUUGAAUUUCACGGGGCUCAAAAAUACAACUCUCGCAUGACCUCCAAGGAUGUCGUUCUCCUGAAAUGUGCUUCAUACUUGGAAGAACCAGAACCGGUCAAGCCCGUCGGCAAGCCUAGGAUUUGA